UACACAUGUAGUUUAAUCUUCAUCUCGAACUUCAUUCAUCUGAUCACUUUCAUUCCUUUUCCUCUUUCUUCAUUCCAUCACUUUACCCUCUCUCACUCUCUCACUCUCUCACUCUCUCACUCUCUCUCUUUCUCUCUUUCUCCUCUCUCUUUUAUUCUUCACAUUUAUUCCAUCUACUCACAUUUAUUUUCUCUCUCUCACUCCUUCGUCCCACUCUCCACUCGUUCACUCGUCCUUCUUUUCCCUCCUUCAUCCGUGCAUUCAUCCCCCUGUAAAGACCCACCAUGCCUGAGAUAACCCCAGUAAAAGAACCCAAAAUCCUUAUUGCAGGCGCUGGGAUUGGUGGUCUCACUGUGGCUAUCCUUCUUGAGAAGGCCGGUAUAGAGUACCAGCUCUUUGAAAGGGACGAGCAGGUGUGCACUCAAGGAUCUGCUACAGGGCUAGGGUUUAAUGUUAUGCCGCUCUUGGAGCAGCUGGGUCUUUUGGAAGAGCUUAAAUCUAUUUCUAAAAUCAUUGAUGGGACCACCAUUUUCAAAGAAGAUAUGGAAAUUAUUCGUGAAAUUCGACUUAGAAACAACAAGACCUUAACGGGCUAUGACUCGCUGGUGACAUCGCGCCCUCAACUCCAUGCACUUCUCAGUUCGCGUGUCCCACAAGAAAAGGUACAUAUGAAUAAGAAGAUCGUCUCCUUGACCCAGGACUCUGAAAGUGUGACCAUCACCUGCGCCGACGGAAGCUCAUAUACUGGUGACAUCCUCAUUGGCGCUGAUGGUUCAUAUAGCAGUGUUCGUCAAGCUCUCUAUAACGAGAUGAAGAAAGAGAAUAUCCUCCCUAAUAACACCGAGGAUGGUGACGUGAGCCUUGUCAGCCAUUACAUGAGUAUUCUCGGCACAACAAACCCAAUGAACCCAGCCAAUUUUGAAGGCCUUCAGGAUGACGAGUCCCACUGUGACACUGUCAUUGGUGAGGAGCGUGGAUUGACUUGGAGAUAUUUUACGAUCCCGAACAACCGUAUCUGCUGGCGUGUUGAUGUGCAGUCGAGCUCGAUGGAUCCAAAGCUAUAUGAGAACUGGUUGAAUGCCGACUAUAAUAUGUUUGAUGUUUCACAAUUGCCUGAAGAGUGGAAACAGCACAAGCUGCCAAUUAUGGGUGAGCUCAAGGAUCUGUUUGAGAACACCCCCAAAGAAUCCAUUUCCAAAGUCGUUCUUGAGGAGAAGAUCUUUGAGACUUGGAAGCAUGGUCGUACCGUACUCAUUGGCGAUGCUGCGCAUAGGUUGUUACCAAACUUUGGUGCUUUAAAUGCUAUCCUUGAUGCCGUUGUCCUCGUCAACUGCUUAUAUGAGAUGCCUUCUGCUACUGACAAGCACAUUGCUAAAGCCUUUGACGACUAUUAUCUGGAGCGCUUCCCUACUACCAAGAGAGAAUUGAAUUCAGUUCAACAAAUGUCUACAGUCUUAGCUGGAAAGACAUGGUUGGACACUGCAGCACGGUUUGUACUUCUCAAGCUUGUUCCCAAGUAUUUUAAGGAGAAAAGUCUGGAGUACACAUUGUCGUAUAGACCUCAAGCGUUGUUCCUACCUCGCAUUGAGACCAAAGGCACAGCACCAUUGACGCCACAAAGGCCUUCCAAGAAAUAUGCUGUGUACUUGAAAGCACAAGCUAGCACAAGUACCACCGCUCUUUAAAUCAUUGUUCUGCUUUUUGCUUUUUUAUUUAUUCAUUCUUAAUUUCUCUCCUAUUAUUUAUUUAUUACCUGUUGCUGCUUAUUGAUGAUACUGUAGUUUUACUUAAUCAUGAUACGCAUUAUAUGACAUACCAACCCU